AUGGCUUCGCGACAUAUUCCUUAUACGGAUAUGUCAGAUAUGGGUCGUGCAGCUCAAGAGACGGAAAUGCAACGUGCUGCUAAUCAACAGUUAAUUGAAGAAGGCAGAAUAAUUAAGCAUAAAGAAUUAGAAAAGCAAAGACGUGAAGAGGAGAAUGACGAAGACAGUAGCAGUGGACGUCCUGAUGUUAUUAUCAGGGUUAACUCUGGUGGUACAUCACGGUUGAGUAGUCAGCGUUCUUCUGUUGAUUUUGCAUCAUCAAGUAGUUCAAGGAAUUUAGAUGCUCGUGAACUACGUACACAAUUAAUACAAUUAGAAGAGAAAGUGAAAGGUGCAAUGUUAUCCAAUGUUCAAUUGGAUAAUGAUAAACAAUUAUUAAAAUAUGAAGUUGAUCUGUUGAAAGAUAAGCUCGAAGAUCUUACAGAUGCUUAUGCUUCUUUGAAUAAGAUUUUCUUGGAGAAUAAACGGGAAUUAUCCUAUCAAAAAAUGCAAAUUAUUGAGUUGACUCAUCGUCUAGAGUAUGCACGUCAUCAAGUUGAAGCACGUGAUCAAUUGAUUGUUGAACAUGGUUUAGUGUUAGUUGGUGGAGCUAGUGCUGAUAGUGUUACUACAUCAUUAUCGUGUUUAUCUAAAAAUGACGAAUCUGUGACAGGAAAUAAAUCGAAGUAUAAUGAUAAUACGAAAAUGAUGAAUGGUGGCGGUCUAUCAAAAAUAAUCAUUCCAAAUUAA